AUGGCAAAGCUAGGUUUAACGGCAAUGAUGGUGGUGGCUCUUGCUCUGGUGGCCACGGCCGCGACCUUCGCCCAUGCUGAGGCGGAUAACCUUGAGAAGGUGGACGAGUGGUUCAAUAGGCCUAGCAACGCCAAGCGCAAGACCACACGCCUCCACUUCUACUUCCAUGACACGCUCUCAGGCAAGAACCCCACGGCGGUGCGCGUCGCCGAGGCCACGAUGACUAGGAAGUCCCCGACAUCAUUCGGGGCGAUCAACAUGAUCGACAACCCACUGACCGAGGGGCCCGAGCCAGAGUCCCCCCUCAUGGGCCGGGCUCAGGGGUUCUAUGGCUUUGCAGGGCUCGAAUCGCUGGGCCUACUCAUGAACGUGAACCUCGUAUUCACGAGCCCCAAGUACAGCAGCAGCACUCUGAGCAUAAUGGGCCACAACUCGGCACUAGAGAUCUAUAGGGAGAUGCCCAUCAUCGGCGGGACCGGCUUUUUCCGGUUGGCGAGUGGGAAUCGCAACGGGCAAGACAUAUUUUCUCAACCACACCACCGGGGAUGCGGUAGUUGA